UUUUUUUUUCAGGAAGUGAAUAACGCUGCACGAAACGAUACAAACUCAUCGAUAGAUGACGUUGUCCUUGAUCAAUUAUGGGAUCUCGGAGCAUUUGGCAUCCAGGUUCCCGAAGAAUAUGGAGGCUUAGGUCUUGGCAAUACACAAUAUGGACGUUUGUGCGAGAUUUUGGGAGCUAAUGAUCUAGGGGUUGGAAUAACUCUAGGAGCGCACCAAAGUAUAGGGUUCAAAGGAAUUUUGUUAUUUGGCACUAAACAACAGAAAGAAAAAUACUUACCCCAAUUAUCUUCUGGAAAAGUGUAUGCAGCCUUCGCUCUUACUGAACCCAGUUCUGGUUCUGAUGCUGGCUCGAUAAAGACACGUGCUAUAAAAAGUGAAGAUGGAAAAUAUUUCAUUCUUAAUGGCUCUAAAAUCUGGAUAUCAAAUGGAGGAAUUGCUGAUGUUAUGACAGUAUUUGCGCAAACAGAACAACUUGAUUUUAAAACUGGAGAAAAACGGGAAAAGGUAACAGCUUUUAUCGUAGAGAGAUCAUUUGGAGGCAUAACCAGUGGACCACCGGAGAAAAAAAUGGGAAUUAAGGCAUCGAAUACAACAGAAGUAUAUUUUGAAAAUGUUAAAGUUCCCAUCGAGAAUGUUUUAGGGCAGGAAGGCGAAGGGUUUAAAGUGGCCAUGACUAUAUUAAACAAUGGCAGAUUUGGAAUGGGGGCUACCCUAGCCGGUACAAUGAAAACUUGUAUACAAAAAGCCGUCUCACAUGCUAACAACCGAGUGCAGUUCGGAAAAAAAAUAAAUGAAUAUGGCUCAAUACAAGAGAAAUUAUCUCAAAUGAGUAUACUUCAAUAUGCAACUGAGUCAAUGGCUUACACAAUAUCGCAGAAUAUGGAUAAAGGCAGUAAGGAAUACCAUUUGGAAGCUGCGAUAUCUAAGGUUUUUGCAUCUGAGUCUGCUUGGUAUGUGUGUGACGAGGCCAUUCAAAUACUAGGAGGAAUGGGUUACAUGAAAGAAGCCGGAUUAGAACGUGUGUUACGUGAUCUAAGAAUAUUUCGAAUUUUCGAAGGAACUAACGACAUUUUACGACUUUUCGUAUCACUCACGGGGAUUCAGUAUGCCGCAUCCAACUUAAAAUUUCUGCAAAAGGCUUUUAAAAAUCCGGCCGCGAACUUUGGAGUUAUAUCUAGUGAAAUAUCAAGGAGAGUUUCGACGUCUAUUGGAUUUGGGGCAGUUGACUUCAAACCUUAUGUAACAUCAGAGCUCCAGAGUUAUGCCCAAAAAACAGCUGCAUGUAUCGAAUUGUUUGGCAAAACUGUUGAAGAGCUUAUAUUGAAGCAUGGAAAAAAUAUAAUACAUGAGCAGUAUAUCUUGAAUAGAUUAGCGAAUGCAGCAGUUGAUAUAUAUGCAAUGGUAGUCACAUUAUCCCGUUCAUCCCGUGCAUUCAAUUUAAACUUACCUACGGCCUUACACGAAAUGAACUUAACUAAGGCUUUAUGCAUUCAGGCCUCAAAACGGUGUACCGAAAAUCUUCGGAAGUCAACGGCAAGAUCUGAGUUGGAGUUAUGCAACAUAUUCAGUGAAAUAGCUAAGGAAGUCAACAAUAGUGGCGGUGUAAGCACCACUCAUGUCAUCACCGGUUCUUAAUAUAGGUUUUUUAAUUUGUUUUUUGUAAUUAAUAAAUAAAUUUAUAUACACUUC